AUGUCUGCGCCAGGCUGGGGCCACAAACAACCCCCUCCUCCCGUUCUGUACUUCCUCUCUGUACCACCAAGUAUCCCGUCCCCAAAAUCUCCAAAACGAGUGGACCGCCGUUACCUGUGUGACGAUGUCUUGAUGGGGAUUCGAGUGUGCAGUGACUCGGUGGUCAAAGGUCAGUUCCAUCAGGCCCGCAAGUCUCUGAUGAGGAAGUACCGUGAUGGUCCAUCCUUCACUCUUCUGCAAACAGAAGUAGAGGCCCCUGAAAAAGACAUCAGUGUCCCACCACCGAACAGCUGCACUAUGGGUCAGCGCCGUGGUGUUUACGUGAGCAUGGCGGCUUCUAUGCUUUGCAAGAGGACAGCCGCGUUAUGUAGGACUUUGAAAGAAAUUUCCUCUGCAAAAGUUAUACUGUGUGUGAACUCCCAAUGUGGUUCUUUAUUGCAGGUAGCAUCCUACAACCCGAAACCGUUAAAGCUGAACAUCCGUAACCCUUAUAUUCCGGACAAGGACAGCGAGAAGACGCCCGAGUGGCAGAAGACAGCCCGACACGACAGAAAGCUUUUCGGUCGAUAUGGCUCGCUGUCGGGCGUUGACGCAGCCUCUUUGUGGCCGAGUCAUGAAGAACUGGAUAAAAAAAUUGCAGAAGAAAAAGAAUGGCACCCCCCAUUAGGGAUAAUGCUGAAGAAUAUUGAAGCCAGAGAGAAAGCGGAAACCGAAAAACGUCUGGCAAAGGAGAAUAUCAUUGCGGCAAACAUGGCCAAAAUGCCCAAGAUGGUUGCCGACUGGCGCAGAGAAAAGCGAGAGGCCAAGCAGAAGGCGAAGGACGAGAAGGCCCGCCGGACUCGGCUGCUCGCCGAGGCCAGAGAGCGCUUCGGUUACACCGUGGACCCCCGCAGCCCCAAGUUCCUCGAAAUGGUCGCAGAAAUAGAGAAAGAGGAGAAGAAGAAAAAGAAACUGCUGAAACGCAGAAUGAGGGAGGAGCAGUCAUCUACUGCUACUUCGUCGUAG